AUGACUGUCCAAGUUACUGGCAAGCAAGUCGGCCCUAUUGGCUUUGGGCUUAUGGGCUUGACAACUGGCGGCGCCCAGACCGACGAGCAGCGCUUCGCAGCCAUCAAGGCUGCUCUUGAGUCCGGCUGCAACUACUUCAACGGAGGCGAGUUUUAUGGCACGCCAGAGGAGAACUCUCUCUCGAUGCUGAGGCGAUAUCUGGCCGCACAUCCCGAGGACGCCGACCGCAUCGUCCUCAACGUCAAGGGCGGUCUUGGUCCAGAUAUGAGCCCCGCGGGAUCCAGGAAGGACGUAGCCAAGAGCCUCGACAACGUACUGCGGAUGCUCGGUCCCCAAGGACGCAUCGCACAGUUUGAGGUCGGCAGAAAAGACCCCAAUGUCGACUAUGAGGAGGAAACGCUGGCCACGAUUGAUGAAUAUGUCAAGAGCGGCAAGAUUGGCGGCAUCUCCCUGAGCGAAGUCAGUGCCGCCACGAUCCGCAGCGCUGCCGAGCGUUUCAAGAUCACGGCGGUGGAGACGGAGCUGUCAUUGUUCCACACGGAUCCCCUCACCAACGGCAUCCUCGAGGCAUGCGGCGAGCUGGACAUCCCGGUUGUAGCAUACUCACCUCUUGGUCGAGGAUUCCUCGGCGGGCAGCUCAAGUCGCUUGACGACCUCCCCGCCAACGACCGCAAGCGCAUCUUCCCGCGCUUCCAUGAAGACAACUUCUACAAGAACCUCGAGCUCGUGCGCGCAGUGGAGGGUCUCGCAAAGCGCAAGGGGUGCACGACCGGGCAGGUCGCCAUCGGAUGGGUCGUGGCGAUGUCGAGGCGGCCCGGCAUGCCCACAAUCAUCCCCAUCCCCGGAUCGUCAAAGGCGGAACGCGUCCGGGAGAACGCAACCGUGGUGCAACUCACGGACGCUGAGCUGCAGGAGAUUGAUGAGAUUCUCAAGACGUUUGUGCCCGCCGGCCCGAGGUACCCCGAUCGAUUCAUGGCGUAUGUCGAGGGAUAG